UCUUCAUCUAUUUCUGUUACGCUUCAUCUCUCUCCAUCUCUCGCCAUCUCACGUUCUUUCCACUCCUCCUUUCCUCGUUGCUGGUGUUGCAUGGGUGGCCCUUGACAACACUAACUGCAUUGCAUUGCUACCAUCCCUCUCACCUCACCUCAUCCAUAUCCCCGACCAUAUAAUCUUUCAUUAUCGGCCUCUGGGGCGUACAGAGGGUCCCCCUUUUUCUAAAUUAAUUCCUUUUUUUCAUCUUUCUUUUUUUUUUCUUUCCUUUUCUUCUUUAAAUCAUCCUUUUUCCUUCCUUCCAAAUUCACUCCAUCUCUUGUCAAUUAUCCAACAUGUAUCCUACAACAGCACCUCUUGAUUUGGAUUAUCUCAAUGAACAGUUGCUUCCUCGACGCUACGAAUCCGAAGAAGAGGAGACGUCAGAAUCAGAAUAUGGGGCCCAUGACCAUGCCUUUUCGCCUAUCAAGACUGCUGGUCCCUUCGACUCGGAUACCAGUGCAGAUGAGCUUUCCAAUGUGAAUUCCCCAGAGUCGCCAGUGGACAAGUCGUCAUUUGCCCGCCUCCUGUCAGCCUAUCCAUCCGGCAAACGAAGUCGACCCGUAUCCAUGGAUACGGUGAAACGAAGCAGUGGAACGACGUUUGUACCAGAUUCGUACAUCUUUGACGACGAAGACGACGUGAUAAUUGAGCUGCCCUCCCCUAGUGCUACCUCUCCUUUGCAAUCUCCCAUCUUCCUUCAGCCAACAGUCUACCAACCUCCCGCGUCUCCCCUGUCGCAACAGUCACGAUCUCCGUCUCCGGCUCUAAGCGAGUCGGAUGAAGAGACAGACGUGCUCGUAGCAGAGCAGGUCAAAUUCGUGGAACCCUGCGCCAAACCUAAUCUAAUCCUAAUUAGUCCCGUCACCGACGGAUCAGUGGUCGAAGAACCUGAACCCAUGUCGGCAGUUUCUGCGGUUUCUGCAGAUGUACCCGAUCGCUUUCCAUCCGGCCAAGGAAUCUACUCCUUGAACCAGGGAACCAAAUCCCAGCCCUUGUUGAGCGACAAGCGGCCCGAUUACCUGGCGCACAUGAAGCGCGGCAGCUUGCAGCUGCACGGCAAAUAUGCGAAACAAGCGCCCAAACGGGCCGAUACGGACCCCUUCACAAUGCCGCGAGCUCUUGCGGACGUUCCUGAAACAGCCCAGGCGAUGGCCAUGCGCUCGCGUGCUAUGACAUGGAAUCGACCACAGACGUCCGCCGACAGUGCAUCGAACCGCGGUCCCAAAGCGGGUCUCCUCCGCCGUCCGCCAUCUAUGCAAAGUGUUGGUGGUGCUGGUGGUGGUUACUCUCUGUUCCCGAGCACCAGACGAACCCCUGCAUAUCCUAGCGAUGAGUUCCACGCUCGGUCCACCUCUAUGUCCCACUCGAUCGCCAGUUCGGACAUGAGCCAGCCACCAUCACGCACAUCCAGUCCAGCACCAUACUACUCCUCCCCUACAUUCAACCGACACCGCUCGGGUUCAUCGUACAGUGUAUCCAGCGUCCCCGGCAACAUCGCACAGCGGCCGCCAUUGCGCAACUCAAUCAUGAAGAGCUCAACCGCAUCGAGUGUGUACUCGGCCAGCAGUCUGCGAUCGGAAGUGGAGAGCGUGCACAGCCUGGAACCACGGGAGACCACCGAGCCCGAAGUUGCCAAGACGGCGCGGCGGAAGAAGAGUUUUCGGCGCAGCAAACAGCCCAAGCUCGAGAGCACAACAACCGAACCGCUCCCAACAACCCCCAAGAGUUUCAUGGGGUUCAUGUUACGAGGGCGGAGAAAGUCCACCAUUCAAAAGUCUUAAUGCUUAAUUUUGUUUGUCAUUUUGUUGGAACUAGUGUUUCAUAUUCAUCUCUUUAACUACCGAUUUGGGGCAAAUCGGCUAUGAUGGCGUUCGGUUAGCGGGAUUAAGGGUUUAGGAAACUGGAUCAGGCGGCUACUUGAUUUGAAUUGGUUCUUGUUUACUCGCACUGGAUGCUACAUUCCUGCUACUAUAUUACUCUAGUGUUUGAUUUUUUCCUGUACUAUAGCAAGGAACAAACAGUGGUCUUCCCGGAGCGGGCCCAUUCAGAAAAUGUUGAACAUACAUACCAUCC